GUUGCAGAGAUGAGUAUUGUUACGCCACCGGUAAGCAGUGAGAUGGGGUCGUCGCAGCCGCCGCAAUGCCCAAAUUUUUACUCUCUACGCCCGAAACAAGUGGAUUUCGAUGCCACAUGGCGCAACGUGGAAAACUCCAUCAAGCGUAUCAUGAGAUUACAGCCGCUCGAACGACGCGUUUGGGAUUAUAAUUUCUAG